UAAGAAAUAAUCGAUAAUGAAUGGAUUUCGUAGCACUUUUCACGAGAUAGGUUCCUAUCUGUGAAUUACGCUUUGUGCUUCAUUUGUCAAUAAUCGAGGAUAAAGUUAAAUGCCGGAUUAAUUCCUUCGGCAUAAUCUAAGCGAGUUCGAAAAGGAAAAGAGAAAUCCUGAAGCGAUGUGGCGUGCCCCGAAGUUGGCUCUCCGGGCCGAAGUCUUCUUUGUUCAAAUGAAAGUAUUAAUACCGAAGGUUGAAUCGGUUUAACCGCGGAAUACCUUCUUUGAGUACUUUUUAAGUACUUUUCUCUGAAAUUAUACGUCUUCUUCAGGGGUGAAUUUCCCCUCCGAUAUUUCGUUUUUUUUUCAAAAAUGGCAUCACAGAGUCAAAAUGCUAUGAAUGUAAGUUCGAGUGUUUCACCGGCGAAUGGAUCAUCCGGAUCGUCGACGACCAUCUCGGUCUGCACUACGAAGAUGCAGUCUCUUACUUCUACACCAUCCUCACAAUCCUAUCAACAACACUCGUCUCCAUCGUCGUCACCAUCGCCGUCGCCGUCACCGAUGCAGCAACAGCAUCAACAGACUCUACAACAACCUAACAAUAUAGAGGCAAUUGAUAAGAAUUCCUCCAAUACAUUAAAACGUAAUCCAAAAAUGGAAUUAAGCAAAACUGAUUUAUUAAAACUAUUAGGGCAUCUUGAAGGAGAAUUGCAGGCAAGAGAUAUUGUAAUAGCAGUAUUAAAGUCAGAAAAAUUGAAACAUCUAUUAAAUACUCGAUAUCUGAGUGGGACAUCAGAUCCACAUGCUGCACUUGCACGUGAUAUUGUAUUAGUAGGUAGUGUCAGUGAACAUGAACCAAAUCAAAUAAAUAAACAAGUUGCUACUUUAGAAGCACUUGUGACACAACAAAGAUGUAUGCAGUUUAAAAUGGCCAAAGUUCUUAAAGAAGCAGAGCUUAGGCAUAGAGCAGUUAUCAAGGAAUUAGAAGAAGAAAAACGAAAACAUGAACAUGAUACUGCCCAGGGUGACGAUAUUACAUAUGGCUUGGAAAAAGAAAGGACACGAUUGAAAAAAGAAUUAGAAUUAGAGAAACAAGAAAAAAAAAGACUGGAAUUAGAAUUAAAGAAAGCAAAUGAAACUUUAGAGGAAGAAAAAACUCGACAGAAGCAAAUAGUACUUCUUCUACUUGCUGAACGCAAAAAGAUAAUUAUGAAGUAUAUAGAAGAAAGGAAAAGAUCAGAAGAUUUGGCACAGAUAUUAAGCGAAGAAAAAGUUCGGAUAGAUUCUAUGGCUGAAGGACUCGAAGAGGAAAGUAAAAAGUCGUUACAAAUGGAAGCAGAAUUGGAGAAACAACUUGCGCAAUUUGACAUGGAAAGACAGCAAUAUAAACAAGCCUUAGCAAAAGAAGAAAAGAGGGCUAAAGAUCUCGAAUUAGAAUUAGAUAAACUUAGAACUGAAAUGGAUGUAUGGAAAGAGUCUCAAACACGAGGUUCUCCAAGAGGUGUGGGUGCAACUCCACCACCACCCCCAGCCAAACCAGUUAAUUUAGUUGUUAUGCCUACAGUUAAACCUGCUAGUGCACCACAAACAAUUAAAGGUACAGUGCUGGGUACUGGGACUCCAAUGGUUAGUAGUAAAGUUGUUCAGCCCACUGCCACGGUAUCUAGUGUUCCUGUCAGCGGUCCAACUACUGGGAUUGCUAGGUCAGUAACUCCUGGGCAGGCAUUACGCGGCGUCACGUACACGUCCAACAUUACAUCUUCUACUGGAGAAACUGCGGCGUCUUCUGAAAAUCAGGCUGUAGACAAACGUGUGGUUGUACCUGCUCCUGUAAAUCCUGGAGGCACGGUAAAACUUAUACCGUCGACACAAGCUACAGGAAAGCUUGGUUUUCAUGUUGGCUCUGGUUCGGCGAUUCAAGCAUCCGGUAUGCUGCCCUCGAAAAAGCCACCAGUAUCUCGCGGUGUUCCUCCUCCAGUGCCGCCAAAUAAGCCGGUAGUACCACCUAAAAAGGAGGCUGCUUAUAUUAGAAGGACUGAGUCUCAAGCAACACAGGACGCCGUAAAACUUGGUAAACAAGCUGCGGCGCAUCCUACUAGUGGACCUACCGCUCCGCAAGUCCAACAGGCAAUAGGAGCUUUUACUCAAGCCUCCGAUGAAGAGGUUAGUAAUAAAGCUCCUCUGCCUUUCUCAUCCGAUUAAUACGGAUGAACAACUUCAACUUCAUUUCAAGUGCCAGCAUCUUAAAUGUUUCUAUGUUCUUAUCUCCUGAUAUAUUCUUUCCUCUUUGUCAAUGACUUUAGAAGUCUCAUCGGGUGCUCAAGAAAGCUACUUAUUUGCACAAGUUGCAAACACGUUGCUAUAUUUUCUAUUUAGGAGGAACUUUAUAAAUAAUUAUGAUUGAACGAAGCUACUGAAUAAAAGGCCAUUAUUUCUCUUAUUAUA